AUGCCAAGCAAAUAUUUUCUAAAUCCCCCCGACGACUUGCAUUCGCUGACGGUCGACAGCAGUAAGCGUAUAUAUCCAGACUUUGAUCCCUGGAGACACACGCCGAUUGAGGACAAGGUGUUUUUGAAUUUCGUUUCAAAGGGCUACUACAAUACCGCGAAAGUCAACUUUGAAAGUAUCUCCUCGAGAUCAUCACUACAAGAAUCACUGCCUGCAGUAUCGGGGCUUUUAGCAGAUCAGCUCUCUGAGGUCGUCAAAAUAAGAGAGGAGCAGGUCAAUAGAGUCUCAGCGAAACCUCGAGAUCCCAGCUCUACAAAUUCUGUAGUAAUAGACCUCUGUGGACCUGGCUUCACCCUCCCAAAAAGGGUAACGCUCACAGAUCACAAACGGGAGCUUUGGCUUCAGGAAGUUAGCUCCCCAAGCAAACCGCUGGCAGAAGCUGUGAAAACGAUCCCUCAUGGACUAAAAAGACGCCAGCUUUUGGAACAGUGCUCUCAAAAACAGAUUCCCAUCGCCCGUGCGAUUUGGCUGAUAAAAUGCUGCUACACCCUAGAGUGGAAGAUGUCCACCAGUAAACAAAGCCCCCAAAAGCACGAUGAGAUAUCCGUAAAGCUUCUGCGAGAAUGGUCAGAGGCAAUGGCUCACAUCCUGGAGCGAUUGGUCUUUGAAAUGAUGCAGUACUACAACGAACCUUCAAAGCUGAAGAAAUGGCGACAGCGAAUAGCGUAUUUUUUGAAACUACUUGGGAGCUGUUAUUCGCUUGAGAUUAUUGAGCGCGACGCUUUCCAUCAUUGGCUUGUCGAUUUUGUUGCCAAAGUCGAGAAUUUCGAGUGUCUUCCAAUGACCUUGUACAUACUUUCUGUCUUCUGGAGCGGAAUAUUCAAGGAGAACAGAGAGUCACAGGAUCCUCAACAACAGUUUCUUGUGAACAAAAUGACGGAGACCUUGAUCUACAAAUACUACAUGGUGUCAACCAGCAAAUUUAUGAUUAAUGACGAACAGUACCUCAUCAACGAUGUCAAAAAGAAUAACAAGCUUUCGGAAGCGAUUUUGAGUAACCUAAAGGCUCUCAUAAAGGAGAUUUUCCACAAGCAGUCCAUGGAGGCUUUCAUCUUUCCAAGUAGCAAUUGGGAAAUCUAUAAAAACUGCCUUUACGAAAUACUAAGCGUUGACAAAACAACCCACGCCACACAGCCUGAUCUGAAAACGUCUAAAAAGCUCGAGCUGAUAGUUUACCGGAACGACUCUCUGAAAUUCAACACUAUUCUUCAUGCCGCUGAGGAAGGGAGCUGUGAUCCAACCGAUGAGCCCAGUGCCGAUCUAGAAAGCAUAUUUAGGGCUAAUAAGGUUUUAAAGCUAAAGCACAUUGAUUAUGGCUUAACAAAAAUGUUAGAUGACAAUAGUGCGGGCGACCAUUGGAUGAUCGUUGCCGCUCAAAAAGUGACGCGAAUAGAUCAAGUCAUGCAGAUAAUACUAUGGGCAAUCCAUCCCUCUCGGUACUAUCACUACGAAGCACCCCACCUUGUAGCCAAGUUAUUUCUUCUCCAGAUCAAUUUCAAAAACACACUUUUAGAGUCCGGAUUAGAGGAAAAGAUUUGGUCUCUCAUUUUUCUAUUCGGGAGGAUAAAAGAGGAAGAUCUGAAAAGAGUGGUCAACCUGCCCCGGCUUCACCAAUUGUUGAACGUUUUCAUAGGAUACGGGAUAAUCAAAGUCCCCACAUACAUCCGAAAACUCAUUAGCUCAGGCGUUCUUUACUUGGCUCACUCCGAGGACAAGUUCUUUCACUGUCGAUUACUGAUAAAUCUCAAGACGUCUCCUGUUAUGAAAAGCCAGUAUAACAUGGUUUUGCGGAAUGUCAUCGACGCAAACCCCUUGUACUAUGAGCGUUUCAAUUACGAUAAGCUUAUGGAAAUGUUAGAGAAUUCGAAAGACUCACUUUUAGACGGGAACUUUGAUUUUAUCAAAGGAUUGCCUUACAGCGUGAGACUUUUGACUUCAGAGUGGUACUUGAAUAGAAUUUGCUCUCCUAGAGAUGGAGUUCUAGCACCCGUAACAAAAGAGGAUGUCGUGGAAAAGCUCAACGUCUUUUGCAUCAACCUUGACAUGUACCAUCAAUUUUACAAGUGGAUUGAGUUUAUCGUUUAUCAUAAGCUGCUGAAAGACCUCGAGUCAUUGGAAUGCUUGGCCGAUAUCUUAAUAUAUUACGACAAGCUGUUUUGCCUUUUGAUCAAUGACCAUGUGUUGUUGACGAAGACAAUACUCCAUUUGUAUUUCGACAAGUUGAUAUCGGAGAGCCCUGAAAGUCAAAGUCUAAUUUUGCUCACCGAUUUCUGGACAUUUGUCAUGACCAGGUUUCCACAAGCGUUGGAAAUUGAUCCCGAUUUGCAAGCAAAACUUGUGGAGGCCAAGGAGUACGAGAAAACUAAAAUCGAGAAUGCUGCAAAAAUAAGCACAUGGGCAGAUCAGAGUCACAAAGAUCGUUCAAUUGAACUUUCUGGGUAUAACGGGGAUACGUUCAAUUUCCCUAGUGUUUUUCAACCCAACUUGAAAGCAGUGCUUGUUGCUGGUACAGGGAAAGAGCUUCAGUUGGCAAGAAAGAACAUGAGAAUACUUAUGGCUGUUAAUUCCAGCGAAUACAACAAAUUCAUGUCGAUAUUUUUGAAGAGAAAGACUGCUACCAAUGAAGAGCUGGCGAAAUUAAUAUCGCUAAAAGUUUUGUCAUGGACUUCCAUAGCGAAGGUUCUCGGUAAUAAUUUUCUCAUAGGCCUUCUCGAGACAUCGUUUCACGAGCAAGGUGUGGGGUUUGAGUUACAGAAAAAGAGCUUCAAGAAGCACAAUUUGAAAAUACUAUUGAAAACCUACUGCGAGGCCUUGCCUCAAAACUAUGACAAGCUUCUAGAGGUUUUAGCGGAACAUUGCUCGUCGAAGAUGGUGCAAGAAUACGCAAUCAAAAUAUUUUCUUACAUGGACGUAAAAGGAGGCAAUCAUAUGCACCGGUUCGCCAACGACUUGCUGGAUGUUGGUGUCAGCGAUUCCGAAACCGAGCAGUUGGAUGAUGGCCGAAAUCAAAACAUCACAGAUACUGACCUUAAUAAUGAUUGCGACAUAACAGAGGAUGAGGAGGAAAUUCUAGAUUUCUUUCCGAGACUCGACUUCUCCAAUCUUUGGAUAUUUCAAGCCAUAACAUGUCAUUAUCUACAAAACGAGAAAGAUCAACAUCACUGCGCAAGAGAAGAUCUUGCAAGGUUUAUUCUAGAGAGCAUGAGAAUGACUGACUUUGAUUUUGCUUCUUCUCGGCUCUUUGACAAGGUCACAAACGCGAAUACCCUCCAAAAAACGCUGGAAGUUCUUGAGAUUGAUUUUUUGAAGGAUAGGUCAAAUCAGGAUUUGAAUGAUGGUUCUCAAUAUUCGGUUGUUGUCGAGACUAUUAUCAAUAUUUCCAGAAGGCUGAACAAAGCUUUCAGUGGAAUCAUACCGCUCAGUGAGGAAGCCUUCAAUCUUUUACACACCUGCUGCAAAGAAUUUGCUUCUAAAACCUCGGAGCAAUUGAGCGAGCUAGAAUUCCGGCUGGAUGUGUUCCUCAAGAUUUUUAUUGUUCAUCAAAAGUAUAUUGUGGAAGAGGGCUUACAAAACUCACAGCUGCUGCUGAAGGAUAAUGCGGUCUUCAUCAAAAUGUUGUGUAUUCUUUUCCACAAAAUCGACUUCAGCCUGAAACUGAAGCUUCUGUUGUAUGACCUACUUUCAUCUUUGAAGGCGUUUGCCGUCUACUCGCCACCCGGAAAGGAUCGCCAUCUUACUCAUCGGCUGCCAUUCCAAGUGCCACAAGAACUUUUAGAUUUACCUCCCUUUCAAAUCUCAUCGUUUAUGCCAGAUGAGAACUCAAACCGCUCGGGAAACGAGUCAGAGCUCGGAAUUGAGGAAAGCAAGACUACUAAUACCAAUAAUGCACCUCAAUAUUUUAUUUUCAAUCGAAAGACCGAGACCUUCGACGCAAGGUUUGUGUUGAGACCAUAUCACUUGCUGGGAAAUUUCCAAGAAGCAGGGCCGGACUUCAACAACACAUGUCUAAAUUUGUGUUUAUUCAAAACCGUCCUAGAUCGUCGGAAUCCAACAUGA